AUGUUCUGCUUGUUUGGAUGUUCUACUUGUUUGGAUGUUCUACUUGUUUGGAUGUUCUACUUGUUUGGAUGUUUUACUUGUGCCUCAUGUUCCUUUAAGCCCCGGAGGUCACUUCCCUGUCUCCUCCUCCUCCUCACUGUGGUUCAUGUUCAGCUCUGCGUCAGGGACAAAUCUGUCAACUGGAGGAUUUUUCAGAUUUCAAACUGUCUCUUCCUCAUCGAAUUAUUCAGAUUCAGCUGCAACACCAAAUGUGUCCAGUAGGUGUCGGUAAUCACCCAGUUGAGGCAGCCUGAAGCUCUCGGGCGCAGCAGAAGCAGAGCUGUUCUUCUGUGUUUUUCUGUGUUUACAGAGCUACAAGAUCCACCAACAGAAUGACCUUCACAUGUGACCAGUGUGGAAAGGUGUGUCCAAGUCCUUCCAAACUUAAAGUCCACUACAGAACUCACACAGGAGAAAGACCGUACAGCUGUGACCAGUGUGAGAAGACAUUUGCACAGUUAGCCAACCUAAUAUCACAUGUGAGACUCCACACAGGAGAGAGGCCAUUCGAAUGUGACCAAUGUGGAAAGGUGUUCCUAAAAUCUUCGGACCAGAAAAGACACUACAGAACUCACACAGGAGAAAGACCAUACAGCUGUGACCAGUGUGGGAAAGGAUUUAGAAAUUCUGGUGCACUCAAUGAUCAUAUGAGAAUCCACACAGGAGAGAAACCAUACGAGUGUGACCAGUGUGGGAAAACAUUCUCUCAAUCAUCCAAUCUUAAUACACAUAUGAAAACUCACUCCUGGAAGAUACUAUAUGAGUGUGACCAGUGUGAAAAUGCUUUAGAACAUCCCAGGAGCUCUCCAGUCACUACCGAACACACACAGGAGACAAAUCAGACGACUGUGAAGAAAGAGGGGAAGGAUUUCAGGUCUGUGAGGAACCGUCUGAAACAUGUCCAAAUGUUCCAGAGUGAAGAGAACCUUUUGCCACCAUUUGACCAGUGUGGGAUGACUUUGAGACAAGCUGGUCAUCUGAAGGUGCACCCUCUUGAACACACUAAAGGAGAAAGAGCUGCUGAGGCCGGAUCAAGUGAGCCUAAAGUCAGACUCAAAAAGCUGGAGAUCAGACUUCAAAGACUCCAGACUGUGGAACUGAGCUCUGUGUAGUGUCAACAAUUAAAAGCUGAAUGAUAUAUAUAGCUGAA